AUGUGCGGCACGACCCUUGCCUGGUGCCAGGGAACCAAGCUUGCGCCAUUCAAGUUCCGCCAUGAUGCGCAUCGCGACAUCGAGUUUCUCGAGCCCAUCGGGGCAGGGCUUCACUCCCAAGUCUUUCGCGCCAAGAUCGACGGCCAAAUAUAUGCCGUCAAACUCUUCCGUUUCACCCAUCACCGCGAGCUGGCGCCGCCCACCUUCUUCAAUCACGGCUUGGUCUCCGUAGAUGAAAUCAUCAAUAACUAUGACCCGUUCUACUGCGAGUGCCGCGCCUAUGGCCGGCUGAAAGAGGUUGGUCGAGAGGACCUUGCCGCACGCUGUUACGGCUACCUUCUCCUCCGCCCAGAUCAAGAGGUCGAGCUCAACCGCCGAGGAUGCCAGGAUUUCUGGCAUCGCCGGCCCGCUACCAAGGGUCGCCCCAUCCGAGGCAUCGUCAAAGAAUACAUCCCAGGCUGUGACGUGCCUUUUGUAUUCAACGACCUGCCCCGGAUGAAGCGCGACAUCAAGGCCCUGAACCGCCGACUGGGCAUUGUCAACUGGGAUGUCCGCGAAGACAACUAUCGUGGCGGUCUUCUCAUCGAUUUCAGUCAGGCGCACACCGCGCCGCACAUGCAGCUAGACUUUACGUCCAAACUCUUCACGUCCGCAAGCGUCAUGGAGUGCUGCGUCCGUGACCAGGCUUGCUUUGACAACAUGGUCGAAAGGUGGAAUGAAAGCCACCCCCAGCGCAAAUUCUGGCACUUUUUCCUGCCCAACGCCCAGUUUGGCAUCAACCUUCGCGACAAAUCUAGAUAUCGGCUAUCCUUUUACAAGCAAGAAGGUGCCAGCCUGGUGGCUGCAUUCUACGACUGGAAGAAGAACAAGCCCGCCAAGCGUACUGCAGCCGUUUUGAACCAGAUGAGACGAAUCCAAGAGGGCCGGGUCGAUAAAGCCACGAGACGCAAUGCAACAUGA